AUGUCAGACUCCCAGCAGAUCGAAUUUGCUGCCUACAUUAUCGAGCGCAUCAAGCAGGCCGGCGUCAAGCAGAUCUUUGGUGUUCCCGGCGACUACAACCUCGAGUUCCUCGACUACUUUGAGCGCGACCCCGUGCUCAAGUGGGUCGGCAACGCCAACGAGCUGAAUGCGGCCUAUGCUGCUGAUGGCUACGCUCGCAUCAAGGGCGGCCUCGCCGUCAUCGUCACCACCUUUGGUGUCGGCGAGCUGAGCGCUUUGUGCGGUGUGGCGGGCUCGCUCGCUGAGCGUCUUCCCGUUCUUCACAUUGUUGGCGCCCCCAGCACCAAGAUGCAGAAGGAUAACGCACUCUUGCACCACACCCUCAACACCCCUACUAGCUUCUCCGCCUUUGCCGACAUGUCGGCCCCCUUGUCGUGCGCUCAGGCUCUUCUCAACGAGGUCAUCCCCGACACCGACACUUCCUACACUCGCGUGUUUGACGACGCCCUCCGCGCCUGCCUUACACAGUGCCGCCCGGCUUACGUCGAGCUCCCCAUGGACGCUGUCCGCGCCCUUGUCAGCUCCAAGUCGCUUGAGCUCCCCCUCCCCACGCCCCACUCGGCUCCCCCCUUCGACCAGCUGGUCCCCCGCGCCAACCCCGGCUCGGCCCACCCAGUCAACUCGCUCUACAACCUUGCUGGUGACCACCAGGAGGCUAGCAGCGACGUCGUGAUCAACCACGUUGUCGCCCUCAUCACCAAGCUCUUCUCCAAGGCUGACCGCCCCGUCAUCCUUGUCGACGCUUGCUGUGGUCGCUUCGGUAUGCGCAAUGCCGUGCGCGCCCUUGUUGAGACGUGUGGCAUUCGCUACUUCUCCACUCCCAUGGGUAAGACCCUCCUUGACGAGCACCACCCACUCUUUGGUGGCUGCUACGCCGGAUCCAACUCGCUUGGGCCCGUCAAGGCCGAAGUUGAGGCUGCCGACUUUGUCCUGUACGUCGGCAGUCUCAAGUCCGACUUCAACUCUGGCUCCUUCUCGGUGCACGUCGAUGACGCACACACUGUCAAGCUCCACUCGUACCAGACUGUCGUCGGGUACGCGUCCUUCCCCACGGCCGAUAUCCGCCACGUUCUCCCUCGCCUCCUCCCCACUUUUGCCGAGGUCAUCCGCUCGCAGGGAAGCUACCGCAAAGCCCCGCACAUGGACUCGCUCGAGACCAAGAUCAAGGAGGGCCGCGUCCUGCCCUUCAUCCGCGAGCCCAAGCUCCCCGACGGCGAGAUUGUGCAGGCGUGGCUCUGGGGCCGCAUGGCCUCGUGGUUCAAGGACAACGACAUUAUCAUUGCCGAGACUGGCACUUCGUCGUUUGGUAUGCUCAACUACGCCCUCCCCAGCCACUCGCACUAUGUCGCCCAGGUCCUCUGGGGUGCUAUCGGCUGGAGUGUUGGUGCCUGCCUCGGUGCUGCCCUUGCGGCCCAGGAGGGUUCCAUCCCCCGUCGCACCGCCCUCUUUGUCGGCGACGGCUCUCUCCAGCUCACCGUCCAGGAGAUCGGUACCAUGGUCCGUCGUGGUGUCAUGCCUUACCUCUUUGUCCUGAACAACGACGGCUACGAGAUUGAGCGCCAGAUCCACGGCCCCAAGGCCCAGUACAACGACAUCCAGUCGUACGACCACCAAAUGCUCCUGCCCUUCUUUGGCGGCAAGAACCCGGCCACCCCUUGCGAGUCGCACAUUGUCCGCACCCAGGCCGAGCUCAACGCCCUCCUCAACAACCCCGUCUUCAACAUUCCCGACAAGCUCCGCCUCAUUGAGCUGGUCAUGCCCCGCGACGACGCGCCCGCCGGCCUCGUCUACCAGACCAAGCUCACCGCCAAGGCCAACGCCGGCGAGGACGUUUAA